AUGUUCAUUCUCAACUGGUUCUGGGAUAUCCUCGCCCAGCUCGGUCUGGCACACAAGAACGCCAAGAUUCUCUUCCUUGGACUGGAUAACGCUGGUAAGACCACGCUUCUUCACAUGCUCAAGAACGACCGUCUGGCCACAUUGCAGCCCACUCUUCACCCAACCUCGGAAGAGCUCGCCAUCGGCCAAGUCAAAUUCACCACAUACGACCUGGGUGGACACCAGCAGGCGCGUCGUCUGUGGAAGGACUACUUCCCCGAGGUCGACGGGAUUGUGUUCCUCGUUGACACGCAGGACCACGAGCGUUUCGCGGAAGCGCGUGCCGAGCUGGAUGCUCUGCUCUCGAUCGAGGAGCUCUCCAAGGUGCCCUUUUUGAUCCUGGGCAACAAGAUCGAUGCUCCCGGUGCCGUGUCGGAGGAGGAGCUGCGCCAGGCUAUUGGGCUCUACCAGACCACGGGCAAGGGCAAGGUGCCGCUGAAGGACAUCCGUCCGAUCGAGAUCUUCAUGUGCUCCGUCGUCAUGCGCCAGGGAUACGGUGAGGGAUUCCGAUGGAUCUCGCAGUACAUUUGA